GGCGGGGUGCGGUGGAGGGGCUGUUUGGCUUUUUUUAUAUAAAAUUAUUUAUUUAAAUAAAAAUGGCCGCUGUGGAGAGCGCGGAGGAGAGGCUGGAGCCAGAGCCAGGGAGUGAGGAAAGACCAGUUGAACCCCAGGCUCCCAACAGGGACAAGUCCCAUAGCAAGAAGGCUCAUCGAGAGCGUCUUUACGUUGAGCAGGGUGUGGCCAUAACUGGCUCAGCUUCAAAGCCGCCACCACAGAGCCAGGAGACUGAACCAGAGGCCGGUCCCUCAGAACCAAGACCAGGGUCUGAAUUGGAGGAAUCUCCCAGACAGCGGCGCUCCGUCAUUCGAGACCGUGGGCCCCUGUACGAUGACCCCACACUUCCACAGGGCUGGACCCGCAAACUGAAACAGAGGAAAUCCGGACGCUCUGCAGGAAAAUUUGACGUUUACCUGAUCAACUCAGAAGGAAAGGCGUUUCGCUCCAAGGUGGAGCUAUUGGCAUACUUCCAGAAGAUUGGGGACACCACCACCGACCCCAAUGACUUUGAUUUCACCGUCACUGGUCGUGGAAGCCCUUCCCGGCGUGAAAAACGUUCUCCCAAGAAACCAAAGGUGGUAAAACCAUCCGGGCGAGGCCGCGGGCGCCCCAAAGGCAGCGGUAAGGUGCGACAGGCUACUGAGGGUGUGGCCAUGAAACGUGUGGUUGAGAGGACCCCAGGCAAACUCCUGGUAAAAAUGCCCAUUGGCAAGGCAGAGAGCUCCACUGGAACCAUGGUGGCAUCUCCUGUCCUGUCUUCCAAGUCCCGCCCCGGCAGAAAGAGGAAGUCUGAACAGGAGCUCCAACCUCCUCCUCAACCCCCUUCUAAGAAACGGGGGAGAAAACCUGUGGCGUCCUCCACAGCGGCGGCAGCUGCCACAGCCUCCACCUCCUCUGCAACAUCGUCCAGUAGUUCAGCAGCUGGAAGCUACGCUGUCACCGCCAUCUUGGCUGCUGAGGCCAAACAGAGAGCUGGAAAGGAGUCAACCGUCAAGCCAACUGUCCAGGAAACCGCUCUGCCCAUUAAAAAACGCAAAACAAGGGAGACGGUGGAGGAUGUGGAGACUGUUCACAUGCCCGUGGUGACGCCUGCUGAGAGCCAAGUGAAAGCUUUGGCAGAGGAAGGAGGAACAGCAGAGGGGGCUUCCUGUUUGGAUCUUCAGGAAACCCCCCCUGAACAGAGCCAGGCACAGUCACUGAAGAGCUCUGCUGGUUCUGGGGGCCCGCAGACACAAAAGGGGCGUAAGCAUAAGGAGAAAACAGGAGAUGAAGGCAGCAGACAACCAGAAGCCGGUGAGGAUGAAGGAGGAGGUGGCAGAAGUAGCACCGGCCAUUCAAAAAGCCACAAAAGGAAGGAGAGACCACCUCGCAAACACCACCAACAUCACCAUCAUUGCCACCAACAGGCGUCUGCGGCAGGGUUAGACCAGCGCUCGCGUCCUGCCCUCUCUCCAGUCACCCAACACUCGGACUCUUCCCGUAAGUCAAAGCCACAGGUAAUAUCCCACAGCGGGCCUGAGCUCAACCCUGAUGUGUCCCGGCAAGUGGCACUCGGGCCACUUCCUGGACAGAAAUUCGUUGCUGGGUCUGAGCCCAAGCCUCAUCCUCGUGUUCCCCAGCCCUGCCUUCAGUCGCAGGAUCCCAGUCAGACACAAGCCCAUACUCAACAGCUGGUACCCCAGUCCUCCUCUGCCUGGCAUGUCAUGGCCCAGCCCCCAGCCCAAAGAUUUCAGUCCUCCCCCCAAAUCCACAGUCCUCCCCAGUCUAACAGUCAGAAACUCCAGUCAAAACCUGCCCACUCCCCAUCUCAGCACAGAACACAGCUUCAGGCUCAGCAGGACCCAUCUCAAUCCACACCCAAGCUACAGGUUCAUCCACAGCAAACCAGACACCCGCAGUCCCAAACCCAACCACCUACAGCACCUCAGCUUCUAAAACAAGCUUCACCCCAAGCCAUUUCCCAGAUGAGACAACAGUCCCCACCUCAUUCGUCGCUUCAGCCUCAACUCCACAGUCACAGCAGAAUUUCACUCCAAUCCCAGUCUAAGCUUCCGACCAGGACCCCAACACAACCCCAGUCCCAACCCCAACCAAGAGCCCCAUCACAGCCUCUGACCAGGACCCCAACACAAUUUAGGGGCCAACUUCAAGGCCAGCACAAGUUUCAACCCCAGCCUAGAACCUUAGCCCAAUCACAGUCUCUACCCCAACCCAGAAUCUCCACCCAGCUUCAUUCUCACCCAGAGACUCAGACCACAACACGACUUGAGGGCCAACCUCACACAAGGAUCCCCUCCCAGAUACAGUCUCUUCCACAAUCCAGAAUCCAGACCGAGUCCCAUUCCGACCCCCAGGACAGGACCUCUUCCCAACCUCAGCUUGUACCCCAGUCUCAGCAUGAAGUGCCCCAACCACAGAUAAAGCCCCCUCUGCAACACCAAAUCCAGCCACAGUGCAGACCCCAACCUAGACACCCUACGUCCCAUUCCAGACCGUCUGUGCUCCAUUCUCAAGUGCAGCCCCAGUUUCAGAGGAGUCAUAUACAACAUCCUGAGCCCCCCACUCAGCUAACUACUCCGCAUGCACUCCACCCUUCUCCCCCUACUUUCACUCCGACCAACCCUGUCCCUGUCCCGCAGAACCAGACUGAGCCCCAGGACCUGAGUACCACACGGCCCAGCCGGGACAGCCAGCUUGUGAGAAAAGAGGUCGGAGUGGAGGGUAUGAGGGCCGAGGGGAGGGGGGAGCCCAUCACAACACCUGAGAACAGAGAGUCAAACAGCACGUCAGUGCCUCCAACCCCCCCAGGAGCCAGCGGGGCGGCGGGUGUCGAUGGUAGGGUGAGGCUGCCAGAGGACAUUGUCCCUGCUGUCCCCCAUCCCAGCCGUGAGGAGACUGUGGAGUCGAGAACUGCCGUCAGCGAGAGGGUUAGCUGAUUGGUCGGACAGAACCAGGCGGGGGACUGUGGCCGGGCUGCUAGGGGUGGGGGCGCCUCACAGGCCUGAAGGAGCAGCGCAGCUUCUGUUUGGACUGCGGGUUUGAGGAGACGCUGGUCUGUAGCGACGGCCAGAGUCAAAACCAAACUGUGUGUGUGCGUGUGUGUAUGUGUGUGUAUAUAAUCAAAAGGCAGCUGUUGUGUCCCGCUGGUCUCUGUGGGAUGGGUUUGAAACCGUGAUGCUUAACACAUUACUCUGACCAGAUGUUGCUUCCAGAAUAUAACCUGUUUAGUUUUUGUUUGUCAGCAUUCUUAUGUCUGUUUUCUAGAGCUUUAAACUCGUGUUACUGUCAGAGUGUGAUGAUGGUCCUGAAGGCCUCAGAGCAGAUGUGAGGCGCUGUCCUACGGUGGCCCUGAAGUACAAAUCACUCACCACAAAAACGUGUGAAAGAUCACAACAGCAAUGUAAAAACCAACACAAGUAAUAACAAAAGACAACAUUACAUUUUCAAACCAAAACAUUUCAGAAAUCCAAA